AAUACCCAAUCUGCACAGUCUUUUUACCUUCUGCAUCUUGUUAUUUUCUGGAAAUAUACGAAAAUACGUGAUCACGAUCUCCACUAUGGAAAGCUGCACGCUGAACUGAUGGUAUUAUUAGGAUUCCAAUAUUUCAGAAGUUCACCAUCCAUGAAAUUUCAAUUUUUCAGCGGUGGCUUUUUAAAUUUCAGCUUUCAUGGUGGUGAAUUGUGACUUGGCGUCAGACAUUCACAAGACAAUCGAUGAGUUUUCUUAUUGGGAUAUUUGCAUACCUGUCAUAACAAGGGCGUUGUUUAUAAUUCUUUGCAUCUCCCCCAAAAUACCCCGAGAAAAUGCAUUUUCCCACAUUCCUCACAAUUCUCCUGUCGCUGGCGACAUUCCACAAAGCCGCUGCGAUUUGGUGCUAUCGCUGCACUUCGGCCACGCCAGGAUGCGGUCUGUACGACUUCAACUGGCGAGGAAUCGGCUUCCUGGGCGAGCAGUGUCCGGAGGACGAUGACAUCUGCAUGAAGGUGAUCGAGAAGAAGGGCGCCAGCGAGACUGUGAUCCGCGACUGCUACAGUUCGCUGCGCAGCUAUCGCACGGACAUCCCGGCGGACAGGUACGAAGGCUGCCGCACGGCGUCCAAAGACGUCCACCUGGCGAACUACGUGAACAACAGCAUCAGGGAGCUGGACGUGCAGCGAGACCACUUCGACAGCACCACCUUCUGCUUCUGCUUCCUGGACCACAGAUGCAACUUUGCGCCCGCACUGAGUCUGUCCGCCGUGGCAUUCGUGGGAGGCAUUUUCGUGAGUCUGUGUCUUUUAUUUAGUCACGUGUAA